AUGAAGCCGACAGAGAGCAAGUUUCUCAUCAAGCAAUGCUUUCGUAGAUGCAGGAAAGCCGGUGCUAGUGUCCUAAAGAGUGCAAUCUGGGGUCACACUAGCCAUAGAUACAUGUGGUUCUGCUUUGAUGAGGAGGACUACAUCCCAAAAGAUGUCCCAAAAGGCCAUUUGGUGGUGUAUGUUGGUGAAGAUUGCAAAAGAUAUGUCAUCAAGGUUGCCUUGCUCAGCCACCCUUUGUUCAGGGCAUUGCUUGAUCACGCUGAGGAAGUGUUCCAGUUUUCCACCAACUCAAAGCUCUGCAUUCCUUGCAACGAAUGCAUUUUCCUCAGCGUUCUUUGCUGCAUCGGCGCUGAACUUGAUCAGGGGCUUCAUUAUCAUUGA